CUAAGUUUCUCCGACGAAUAACAAAACAGCGUCGACUUUCCACUCUCCCAAGUCUUUGUGAUUCUCUAAAAUUCGUCGACCUUUCAACUGUAUUCAUUACUUGAACAUUAAGAUUACAUACACAAUCUCACAUUUCUCACUUUAAAUUUCCCAAUUUCUCUCUCCUCUUUCAUCUUCUUCAAUCAUCUCAUCUAACAGAUUCAAAUCAAAUUAAAAAAAUGUGGAUUGAGUUACUAUGUGGUCUCGUACUCUACAAAGUUCUUCGUUUAUUCUUCAGUAAUGAUGAUGUUCUGGAUAUUGAAACCUCCGAUUUUAACGCCAUUUUCACCGUCGCAGCUAGAUUAGAGAAGUUAUAUGGAGGGAAAGCGUAUGUCGGUCUUCGGAUUCCUGAUGCUGAUUCUGGUUCUCGCCAAAAUAUUGAUUUGGUUCUCGUUUCUAAAGGGGAGGCUGUGGUGAUCUGUGUCAAGAAUCUGGCUGGGUUUGUUUCAGCUAAUUCUGAUGGAAGUUGGCUCUGUAUAAGUGAUCACAAACAUAAGGAGGAGCAUCAUCCAGAUCCUGUAGCAGAGGCUAAAAGGCAGGCCUCUGUUCUAGAAGCAUAUCUUGAACAAAGGGGAGUUUCCCUUCCUGAAGGAUAUCUGUCUUCUAAAGUCAUAGUUUGCAAUCCGAAGUUCCGAACACUAAAUCCAGACCACUUUCCACCAGAAGUCAUACAGUAUGAAAAUUGGGUUAACUUGAAGCCGGAAUCAAAAAGUGUGCUUUCUGGAUGGAUUAAAGGGGCCUUUCGUGCUGCAAAGAAAGACGUUCAGGAGUCAACAUAUCAGCAGCUUCAGUCUGUUCUUAGCACAUCACCAAUGUGGGAUAGGCUGGAGCUCAAAGGCAGCAAAUAUGUGCUAGGAGAAUUUCUGGAGUUCAAAGGCAAACAUGAUGAUCUCCAGGAAUUACAAUACAUCAAGAGGUCAAAAGUUGGCCGAAUGAUUGUACAGAAAACAUCAAUGUUUGGCUUAGCACCAACGAAACUCCAAGUUUUGUACUCUUUUCGCGAUUAUCGAACUGAAGGAUCUUCAUCUUCUGAGUGGAAGGAGGUCACUGUUAGGUCAAGUACUGAAGCUGUAUUUCAUCCCCAGAAUGCUAAAAAAGUCCGCAAGUUCAAGUUAUCUGCUAUUACUUCUCUGACACUGAGUGCCUGAGACAAGUAUACUGCUCUGUAUUAGAGGUAACUUGAGAGGUCUUGGGCUUGUCUUGAUAGUAAUAUCCUGUGCCAAUUACUUAGAAUUGUAUAAAUGUUGAAUUUUGACUUGAAAUUAGCAUACUAUAAGUUUCUCCAGUUUAGGUUAUGGACAGAUGAGUUGUCUAUGUUUUUAGACAAAGUAAAGGCCAAAACAAUCAACAUAGAAAUAUAUUUUCUAAUUGCUCUGCA